GGAAGCCGUUUCUUUUUCACAUGGCAUUGGAGGAAUCGCUGAGUGUAUAUAAGGGGUAUAUCCCAAGCCAAUCGUCAGUAUUUUACACCGUCAAGUGAGAUAUUCCGCCAAUAUGAGAACCGCCUGUGUCACCCUUUUUGUUGUCGUCGUCGCCCUGGGCCUCAGCGCCUGUCUUGGGCAGGAGUGGGAUGAUGUUUACGAUGACGAUAACUACUAUGGUGUUCCACAGUAUUCGAGUGGCGGAUAUGCGACGAGUUACCCUCAGUAUGGUGGAAUGACGUACGGAAAUGGAUACGGACAGGGUUACGGACACGGAAAGGGAUACGGAAAGGGAUACGGAAAGGGCUACGGAAGGGUUGAGAGCACUGUUAUCCGUGCCCCUUACGCAGCGCCUAUGCCAAUGUAUAUGCCACCCCCACCUGUAAUGCCCGUGGGAGGAUUCGGAGGAUUCGGAGGAGACGAUGGCAUUUUCGGUCAAAACAACGGUUUGAUCUUAAUGCUUUUGCUUCUGCCAUUACUGCUCAGCAACUCCAACGGAGGACUGCUCGGUUAAUUGGUUUAUCCACCAUGUUAUUUAUAUCUCUGCAACUACUAGAUAUAUAUCGCGCAAUAUCAUGUUAUGUUUGGUUCAUCUGUGGAAAUCCGACUGUUCAUUGUUAUAUUUAAAUAUUAUUGUUGAUGCCGCUCAUCGUUCAUUAAUAAAAACAUGUAC